AAUGGUAUUAUUUUUCAUUCCUCCCUCCCCCGAAAUUUAGGAAUAAUUUAAUUGUUUUAGAAAGAAAGAAAGAAAGAAAGAAAGAAAAAGAAAUAGCUGGGCGAGGAUUGCAAGGCUAAACGUCGUAUAUUAACGACGUCGAAUGGACGGCUGGUUUAAGUGGGGGUGUGGUUCGUCUUAAGAUUAACGGACGUUAGAAAUGACGUUGACGGGGGGAAGGGACUGUUUGGGUCAAUUGGUCUCCUUCUUGUUAUGUAGGGCAGAACAGGCCGGGAGAAGGUGAUUCAAUCAUUUCAGAAGAUGCCGGUUCACACCAUUUUUCAUUUUCUAAGUUUUUGAUUCUCUUUCCCUUCUCUUCUCCUUCACCCAUUUUUCUACCCACUCUCUACCGCCUUAAACAACCCCCUUUUUUCCUUUUCCGCCGCUGUUGUGCAUCAAGAUGAAGAGGGAGCAUCACCAUCUUCAUCCACGUCCGGAGCCGCCUUCCAUGGCUGUCGUCCCUAAUGGGGAGAGUUUUUUGAAUACCGGUAAGGCUAAGCUCUGGGAAGAGGAAGCCCAGCUCGAUGGAGGAAUGGAUGAGCUUCUUGCUGUUUUGGGUUAUAAGGUUAAGUCCUCGGACAUGGCGGAUGUUGCUCAGAAGCUUGAACAACUUGAAGAAGCUAUGUGUCAAGUUCAGGAUACUGGUCUUUCUCAUCUUGCUUUUGAUACUGUUCAUUAUAAUCCUUCUGAUCUGUCUACUUGGCUUGAAAGUAUGCUCACCGAGCUCCAUCCGAUGCCUAAUUUUGCGACGCCGCCACCUCCUUCGCAGCUGGACGAUCCUUCGUUUUUAGCUCCGGCGGAAUCCUCCACCAUCACUUCCAUUGAUUAUGACCCUCAGCGGCAAACUAGCAGCCGGAUUUUCGAGGAAUCUUCUAGUUCUGAUUACGACCUUAAAGCUAUCACGAGCAGUGCGAUUUAUUCACCGAGAGAGAAUAAACGUUUGAAAUCUUCCGAGUCGGACUCAGAUGUGUUCUCUACCUCGGCGAUUAGGGCUUCCGAUUCUGUAACUCGUCCUGUCGUCCUCGUCGAUUCGCAGGAGAACGGAAUUCAACUGGUCCAUGCGUUGAUGGCUUGCGCCGAAGCCGUACAGCAGAACAAUCUGAAUAUAGCGGAGGCUCUGGUGAAGCGAAUCGGUUACUUGGCGGUUUCUCAAGCAGGAGCGAUGAGGAAGGUCGCCACGUUCUUCGCUGAAGCGUUGGCUCGCCGAAUCUACAGGCUCUGCCCUGAGAAUCCCCUCGAUCAUUCAGUGUCCGAUAGGCUUCAGAUGCAUUUCUACGAGAGCUGUCCCUAUCUGAAAUUCGCGCAUUUCACCGCGAAUCAAGCGAUUCUCGAAGCUUUCGAAGGGAAGAAACGUGUUCACGUAAUCGAUUUCUCGAUGAACCGAGGGAUGCAAUGGCCAGCUCUGAUUCAAGCCCUAGCUCUACGGCCGAACGGUCCUCCAGCCUUCCGCCUCACCGGGAUUGGUCCUCCGGCGCCGGAUAACUCAGAUUACCUCCAAGAAGUAGGCUGGAAACUGGCUGAAUUAGCCGAAGCUAUCCAUGUGGACUUCGAAUACAGAGGAUUUGUGGCGAAUAGUUUAGCAGAUCUAGACGCGUCGAUGCUGGAGCUCCGACCGAGCGAGGUUGAAUCGGUGGUGGUGAACUCAGUAUUCGAGUUACAUAAGCUCCUGGCUCGGCCUGGUGCCCUGGAAAAGGUUCUGUCGGUGGUGAAACAGAUGAAGCCGGAGAUCAUGACGGUGGUGGAGCAAGAAGCGAAUCACAACGGUCCGGUAUUCGUGGACCGGUUCACUGAGUCACUCCAUUACUACUCAACGCUUUUUGACUCGUUGGAAGGCUCCCCCAACAACCAGGAUAAAAUCAUGUCCGAAAUGUACCUUGGAAAGCAAAUUUGCAACGUCGUGGCUUGUGAAGGUGCCGACCGUGUCGAACGCCACGAGACCUUAACUCAGUGGCAAACUCGGUUAUCCUCCGCCGGGUUCGAACCCAUCCACCUCGGCUCAAACGCAUUCAAACAAGCAAGCAUGCUCCUCGCCCUAUUCGGCAGUGGAGAGGGGUACCGGGUGGAAGAGAACAACGGAUCACUAAUGCUAGGAUGGCACACUCGCCCACUCAUAGCCACCUCCGCUUGGAAAAUCGGCAACAACCCGGUGGUCGCUAAGUGAGUCAAAAAUCCCACCAGGACGAUCCGGGUUAACUCAGUGAACUGAGGUCGAGUCAAAAUUCACCUCUUUUUUACCUCACAACACCCGAAUGAAACAGUGAAUGGCAAUAACAAAGGAGAAAUCUUAUCUCACUGUCUGUCACCUUGACAGGGUGACCCACCACUAGCAAAUGUGCCUUUCACCCUCACCUUUCACUUUUGCCUGUCACUCUUUUUUUUUUUUUUCUCUUUCCUUUUUUUGGUGGAUAUCCCAGGGCUCUUUUGUAAUUUUCAAUGGUAAAUUUCAAAAAAAAAAAGAAGAAGAAGAAGAAGAAGAAAUUAUGUAUUUAUUUAUGUUUAUUCAACACUACUAUAUAUAUAUAUAUAUCUAUAUAUAUGUGUGUGUUAUUAUUAUGUGGAAUUUAAUUAGAUUAUUAGUAAUAAAAGGCAAAAGGGUAAGGUGAAAAAAAAAAGUUGAGAAAUUUGGAGUGACAAAGAGGGUAUUUUGAAUUAGUGAUUCAAUGAUGUAAAAGGAAGGCAGAGAAGAGGUCGUUCAAUAAUCUCAGCUUUUUUCUUUAUCUAUUAUUACAAACACUCAGUUUCUUUCUA